UAUAUAUAUAUAUAUAUAUAUGCGUAUAGUCGAGAAUUAUGGUGAUGUUUACGUAUCUGUUACGGAGUGUUUACGGACUGAAAUUCGGGAAUAUAAGAACUAUGUACAAAAAAAUUGUAAACACAUUGAUAUUAUUAGAUGGUAAUUGACACACGGGGCAAGCUCGUAUUGUGAAUCAGUCGUGAUCAGUGAGUUGAGAGACUACUUCUACUGAAUAUGGUACGGGAAUUUCUUCUAAUUUUCACAUUAAUAUGUGUGACAAAAUGCAAAAGUUCCUCUUCUUAUUCAACGGAAAGUUUGUAUACAAUACUUGAUCGAACAACGGAAUACUUCAAAAAUCUCAGUAAUGCAUAUGAUAUAUUAAAUGUCGACACAAAUGAUAUUGACAACAAAAUUGCGAGAUAUAUGAACGAUAUGACCAAAACAAUCCUUCAAAAAAACAAGCUUCAAAAGAGAAGUCUUCAGAAUGAGACAGAACCCAGUAAAGGCGUGAACGUGCUGCAUACUUUCAACGAAAUUUUAUACCAUCAUCUACCGAACUUUCAGGAUGUAGCUUUCUUUUCUAUGCAAGAACAUCCAUCGCUCUGGUUCGCAGCUACCAUGAAUUACUCAGACAUCUUGAUUUAUCAAUUGAUUGAUGACGAAGCGUCCCUCGUCGGAACAUAUUCGCAACCCGAUGGAAAACGGAUAAUCGUGCAUAAUUAUAGCGGUGGUACGCUUAUAGUCAUGCAAGAGGGUAUUGAUGGAAUCGUCGUUCUGCGUUUUGGAAGGAACAGAGACGAAGAAUUUGAAAUCCAGUUCAAACAGGAGUUUGAAAUACCCGAAGUGACGCACAUGAAUAUGUGGCUCGGAAUGAAUCGUCUGUAUUUGGGGAUCGCUUCGGAAACGAAAAUAUAUAUUUACGUCUGGCUCGGAGAACACUUCGACAGAAUCGAUACGUUGCCCUUUGGCACGAGAAAACUCCUGCCCUUCCAGAACAAAAGUUUCAUGCACGUCAUCAUUAUGGGAUCACUUACAAAAAUAUUUCGAUUUUCCGUGCGUUCUAAUAAGUUCAUAGAAAUGCAGGGAUUACAUUAUGCUAAUGACGUCAGUUCGUUUUACUUCAAAGAAGGUCAUUUCGAAGAGCACUUUUUAGUCUUAGCCGGCAAUGAGUCCACAAUCUUGUACAAAGAGAUGUACGAUCGCUUUGUGCCGUUUCAAAGAAUCGCGCCGGCGAGCCAUGUCCAUUCUCUAAUGAUGGGGAAUACCGUGAUUCUUCUCUUGGUACAACAGGAUAUCGCAGAAAUUUAUCAAUACAAUGGCUGGAGAUUUGUAAAAUUGCCUAUGAAAUUAUCGAACAUUCAUCAGAUUCGUCCAAUUCAUUUGUACAACGAGAACGUAUUAAUGAUACAAAAUCAAGAUGAAGAAACAUGGACAUUUUUGAGACCUAUUUGGACCGUAAAGAAAACAUGGAAAUCUUUGCAGGACGAGACGAUUGCUUGGUGUUCCGAGAUCAAACAACAGAUGUCUCAAAGACCUUUGGAAAAGCUUCCGGAUUUCAAAAAUCCAGUGAUUUCAAACGCGCAUAUUGAUCAGCUUCGUGUUCAAAACUUAAACAACCGAAGUACAGAGGAAUUCAUCCACUUGAUGCAACGAUACAAGAGUACAAUCGACAAAUUAAAUCUGACUAAAAGCUUCUUGGCACAAGAAGAAGAUGCCAAAUCUAAGCAGAUCUUGCGUGGCAGGAAGAUCACAGUAAAGUGCAAGACGGAUUGUUACGUUCAUCGUAUAGUCGUAAAUGAUGGAGUCCUUAAAUCUAUUAAUAAAGAGAGAUUCAAGAAAUCGAAAUCUUCUAAUCAGACCAUACACUUUGCUCAAAUGAAAGCGAAGACAAUAGAUAAUUGGAAAUGUCCCAUUCCUAAUUUUAACAUAGAUGAUAUAUUCGUUAAGGAAUCUGUUAACGGGAUAUCGAUACAAGACCUAAAAGAAACUUUAAAAGUUUCAGGAAAUCAAGUAGUUACAGGUAAACACACAUUUACCGAUUUGCAUACCAAGAUAGCUUACUUGCCGUUAGAUAUCGCAACAAUACACACUGAGGAAGAAGUGUACAUGAAAGAAGUGAGAGUAAAAGAAUUGUUUCUAAUCAACGAUGAAUUCUUUUUGCCAUUAAAUGGUACCACGACCGUAAUGAAUGGUUCGAUAAGUGCUGCGAAAGUGAGAUUCACAGGACUUGUCAAAACAACAGGCAAGAUAGAAGGAAAGGGAGUUGAAAGAUUAAGGCCAUUAAGAGAGAUCUAUGAACCUCUGACAUUGUCCGGCGAUCGAUUUCUGCAAGACGUGACGUUCAGAAACAUCGUCAAAGCUAAGGAUAUUGUCAGACUUCGCGGGCGAUCGAUGAAAGAGAUCUUGAAGAAUAGUAUACCGCUGGAUUCUGAUGUACCAGCACAUUUAAUACUGUCCAGCGACAAAACACAAUUUAACAACGUGACUUUGUGGGACUAUGUUACCACAAAUUGGGUAACAAAGAAUUCUCCUGAACCCAUUAUUAUUUCUGGUGCAAAAUUCACAAAUAAUAGCGUCGCUUUAUCAAACGCUACCUAUGAAAAUCUUCCUAUUCCAAAAUUGACAGUUCCUCUUUGUGUCGCGGAAGUUGUCACUCCGGAAAUUAGAACUUCUUCAAUAACAAUGGGCGAUAUAAUUGUAAAAAAUUUAAAUGUCUCGCAUAUUCUUGGAGCUCAUAAUUUAAAUGCAACUGUUUUCGAUUCGGUAUCAGCUUUGCAAAGCGUCGAUUUUUCAACGAAGCGAUUUAUAGGCAAAGUUUUUAUAAAGAAUAUAUCAGCGUCAGUAGUUAAAGGAAUAAAUCUAAAAGAUUUUGAAAUUGAAAUGAACAAGUGGAUAGAUGUAAAUCGCCUCAAAGGACCGAUAAAUGUUAACAAGCUUGUUGUUGAUAAUCUCGAAACACCAGUUUAUCUUAAUCUGUCUUUACCUACGAGAGUAAAGAAUGUAAUUGUAAAAGGGGAUAGUGACAUCAGAAACAUCAAUAAUAUAAAUAUACAGUCUUUUAUGGAAAAUGUAUUAAAAGUGGACGAUCUAAUAUCUUUAGAACACGUAACAUUCGCUCAUGGAUUUAUAUCGGAUCAUGUAUACGCCUCUCGUUCGACAUUAAAAUUUCCGCAUUUAGAUGCAUAUCUCAAUUUGAAUUCAAAACAAAUUGCUACAACUUUAAGUACGGAUGAGAUAAACGUUCCCCAGACUUUCGGUUACAUCGCGAAUGAUAUGCCAUCGACAUUUAUUAUACAAGGAUCAGCUACAUUUUUGAAAGAACCAAUUGUACAAAAUAUAAACAAUGUGAAUCUGACUGAAUUAUCCGAAAAUGUAUGGAUGGCAAAUCAAGAUACAAUUUUACUUGACAGCAACUUAAACUUUGAAAAUAUAACUCUGAAAGGAGAUAUCUAUAUAAAUAAUUUUAAUAAUUCAUUGAACAUAAAAUUGUGGACAGAUAUGAUGUGCAAGUUUUUAAGCAAAACGAAGAAACAAUUUAUUACUGUAGUUCCAUCGUUUAAGAACGUCGAGGUAUACAAUAUCAAUGCAGAGAACACUUCAAUUAUUCAAUCUUCAGAUUUGGAUUUGAAUGAAUUGCUAACAAAUUCCUUAAUGAAAGAUAUGCCACAAACUAUAAAUGCCUCGUGGCAUUUUGAGGAAUUGUACAUAAAUAAUAUGUAUUGGGAUGGUAAAUUUAAUGGUAUUGACUUAAACAAGGAUAUCGUUAGAUAUGAUGCGAAACAGAAUAUUGUUACCGGAAAAAAAAUGGUAUCAAAUUUGAUAACCAAAGAUCUUUGGCCAUUAAAUAUAAAGUUCUCAAACUUUACCAAAUAUGCUCUAAUUCAAAAAUGUCAAAAGUUGUCUAUAAUUAAGGGUCAAAAAACCUUUAAUAAUAUCUCCUUGAAUAAUUUAAGCGUCAAAGGUAGGAUUAUGGGUCGCGAUGUCGAAAACGCAUUACUGAAAUCUGGAAAUCAAACGCUGUUCAGCAUCAGAGAGAUACGAGGCGAGCUUAAUGCACCAUCUUUUACUAUUGAUGGCACCGUGAAUGACGUGAAUAUAACGGCGUUAAUAAACGAGCAAAUGAAAAAACAUAAAACGUUGCAAACGAUAGAAAGUGAAAUGGAUUUCAGAAAUGAGCUUAUAAUUUUCGGAAAUAUCACAAUCGCCGGACUUUACGAAAAAACGGACUUAAGUAAUAUUACUGAUCAAAGUGAUACUGACAAGGUCUUGAAUAGAUUGACGAGAGUCAUGGCAUCGUCGGAGGACAUAAAAAUCGCAUUGCAAAAUCGUGCCAUUUAUGUGAACAAAUUUGAAGUAGUAGACGAGAAUAUGUUACAAAUCGCAUCUAAUACUUCUAACGCAGAGGAAUAUGAAUCUGAUACAAAAAAUAUGAAUCUUAAUAGCACUUGUCUUUGUGAAGCAGAAAAUAUUUCCUCGGUUUGUAACGAUACAAAAUUAUUAAAGUUUCUCGCCGGUACGAAUUCCAGCAUAUUCUUGACGAAGAAAUUGUUACUGCUAGACGACAUUAUAUUUGUGGUAUUAGCGUCAACAGAUUAUGUCUCAGUUUAUUCAUAUAUCAUUACAGAAGAAAAAUUUCAUCAGAUAGUAGGAUUGUACGUGCCUGAUAUACUUCAAGUAUCUGCGGAACUGAUUGACGAUUUAUUGUGGAUCUUUUUGCGACUGUCCGAAGAAACCUUGAUAUUACGUUAUCAAUCGUGGAAAAAAGAAUUCGAGCAACUCGUUUUGCCGAGUUCCGACGCGUUUGUAAUCAGUAAGACGCCGAACAAUCAACAUUUGCUAAUUCGAUCUGACGGUAUGUGGAAUCUCGCAGGUGUUUUCCGUCCAGAGCACAUUUUUAAAAUAUCUCUGAACGGGCAAAUAGAGACGUUCGCUCUCGGCGCCGAUUAUUACGUUAAAGCGACAACAGAAAAUAGUACGAUUGUAUUAAAAGCACGAUAUGUGGGUAAUUAGAAUGUAUAGGUAUAGUAUAAUCCUGUAUAGGUAUUUAGUAUAAUUCUCGCGGAGAGCUCAUUUGAAUCAUUUGAAUUCGUGAAACUUAUAAUAGCUAUAGUUCCUUUUUUAUAUUUAUCAUUUCUAUUUAUAAUAGAUUAAAAAAAAGAAACGAGAG